GCAAGAUCAGUAUAAAGAAAGAGUACUAUCUCUAAUUUCUUUGUCUGGUUUAGGAAGUGCGCGGCGGAGAGUACUUGGGAAUUAUGAAGAAUCUAGGACGUUAUAUCCUAGCCUUUCUAAGUUGUUUGCUUCUAGAUGGGGUGUUCUUUUGCAUGGCCUAUAAUGUCCACCACUACAGCUUCAUUUUGGAGGAGAAAAAUUUCACAAGGCUGUGCGUAGAGAAGCCUAUUCUUACUGUAAAUGGCAUUUUCCCUGGCCCAACAAUUCAUGUCCGCAAAGGCGAUAGGGCAUAUGUUAAUGUUCACAAUCAUGCAGAUUAUGGUGUCACUAUUCACUGGCAUGGAGUAAAACAACCAAGAAAUCCAUGGUCAGAUGGUCCAGAAUACAUCACACAAUGCCCCAUCAAACCCGGGAAAAACUUCACCUACGAGGUCAUCUUUUCUGAUGAAGAAGGAACACUGUGGUGGCAUGCCCAUAGCGACUGGACACGUGCCACAGUCCAUGGAGCCAUUGUUAUUUACCCUGAUGUGGGAGUAAUGCCCAAUUAUACAUAUGAUGCGGAAGAAGUCAUUAUACUUGGAGACUGGUAUAAGGAAAACUUGACAGCGUUAGUUGAUUAUGCCGCAUCAGUCGGCGUUGAUCCAGUUCCAUCCGAUUCUUACACUAUCAAUGGCCAACCAGGAUUUCCAAACAAUUGCUCCAACGAAACAACGUAUGCUCUAACAGUCCAAGAGGGCAAUACGUAUCUUCUCCGCAUUGUAAGUGCAGUGAUGAAUACAGAGAUGUUCUUUGGGAUCGCAGAACACAACCUCACAGUUAUUGGACAAGAUGGUGCAUAUGUAAGCAAGUUUAACACUAGUUACAUAAUGAUAACCCCAGGGCAAACAAUGGAUGUCUUGUUCACAGCAGACAAGUCUCUUGGUAAUAAUUAUUACAUGGCUGCUUUUCCAUUUUCUGACUCCGAUGCCCCGUUCGAUCAAGCCAACACUUCAGCACUUGUCGUGUACGAUACUAGUACUACUCCAUCCGCCAGUAUUACUCCCUUUCCGCACCUUCCUUUACCCAAUGAUUCAAAUGCUGCAAUCAGCUUCACAAGCCAAAUAAAUAACGCGGACACCAUUAAUCUCGACGCAAAGUUUGAUGAAAGAAUCAUUAUUACAGUUUCUGCAAACCAGUUGCCUUGUGAUCUAGACGAAUGUGAUGGUCCACGGGGUAAUAGGCUAUCUACAAGCUUAAACAACGUAAGUUAUGUGUCAACAAGUGUUGAUAUUCUGCAGGCAUACACCAGUGGCAUGUCUAUUUAUGGAGAGUUACCACAUGAUCCUCCAUAUCCUGGCACUAACUGGACAGAUAUCAGUCCGAGCGACGCUCCAAGUUAUAUAUUUCCCAGCCAAGCGACGAAGAUAUUGACAAUAGAUUUUGGUAAAUCUAUUGAAAUAGUGUACCAAGGAACCAGUAUUGGGAACCCGGAGAACCAUCCAUUGCAUCUUCAUGGUUAUAGCUUCUAUGUGGUUGGGACGGCUUCUGGAAACUUUACAGAAGAGGCUUACCAAAAACAUCUAAAUUUGGAAAACCCGCCAAAGGUUAACACCAUCGGAGUUCCUAAAAACGGUUGGAUUGCCAUUAGAUUUGUUGCUGAUAAUCCAGGGGUGUGGUUUAUGCACUGUCAUUUUGAAAGGCAUGUCACCUUGGGCAUGGCCACUGCCCUCAUUGUGACGGAAGGGGAAAACGCCGAUGAAAAGAUGCUACCGCGUCCAACUGGUUUGCCUGAGUGUUCUGCAUAGACGUUGCACCUACGGACAUGUCUGGUUGCAAUCUCUCUUAAGUGACUUCAUCAUGUAGAUCAAUGCAUGCAUGGAAAGUGAUGACUUGAAGUGUCUUUCACGUACGAAGAAGCUUUUCUUUUCUUUCUUCUUCUUCUUCUUUUUUUCUAAAUAUUUUUUUCUUAAUUUUCUCCAUGAAGAAGCUUAAUUUCAAUUGUUCAUGUCUUAAUUCUCAAGCUGUU